UCCCCCACUCCGACAGCUUCACUCUGGAAGAGGAAAGUGAACGGGGAGGGUUGGACAACGUGGCACACAGGGACCCCCCAACCCCCUGUAUUUACCAACAACAGGCGUUUAUUUCCCAGCACUCUGCCGUCCUAGCACACGGGCUCUCUCUGAAAACUUCCCUUCUACCUCGACAAAUAAAUGCCAAGAGAAACAACACAAACGCCAACAGAUAAGGAUCGCUGCUCAGAAGCGAAGAGAAAGACGAACAGUCGGACAAACACGUAGACAAAAACAAUAAAAGCGCACGGAUCGUCGCCGUUGCCUUUCUCAAUGCAUACCCUUUGUGCCCGGGGAACGAUGAAACCAGAGAUUAACGCCGCCGUCGGAUUUCUGUCGAGAUUUCUGAGGGUAAAAGGACACGUAAACGAUCGACAGGUCCAAACAUUCAGCCAAAGCUUACAGGACAUUUUGGCAGAGCAAUAUAAGCACCACUGGUUCCCAGACAGACCCUGCAAGGGUUCAGGUUACCGCUGCAUCCGUAUCAACCACAAGAUGGACCCUCUGGUGUGGCAGGCAGGCCAGCGCAUCGGCCUAACCAUCCAGCAACUCUACCUGCUGCUGCCCAGUGAGCUCACGCUCUGGGUGGACCCGUUCGAGGUGUCCUACCGCAUCGGCGAGGAUGGCUCCAUCUGUGUCCUGUAUGAGUCGCAGCCCGGGGUGCCUGCAGGGUUGCCUGCAUCAGCCACCACCGGCGCCCCCUCAGGAAACAGCGGGUCGGUGAGCCCCAUGGUGGACAGUCACAUCAGCUGCAAGGAGGAACUGAUGGUGCUGGGCAGAACCAGUCCCUCCAAAGCUUACAAUAUGAUGACUGUGUCCAGUUAAAGUGGCACAUCACCCCGGCCUACUUUUGUUCAGGGUCACACCAUGGAUGGUUAGAUCAUUUGACCAGACCAGGGUGAGCCUUUUUAAAGCUAAGAAUAUGAAAUGAAAUAGUGAAAGAAGAAAAAAGCGAAAGAAAAUAAAACAGAGGAUGUGGCCUAUCAUCCAGGUGAUGGAAACCUUGUAGGUUCGAUAUUUUUUACCCUAACUCCCCAUUAUUUUCUGUUCUGUUGUGUCAUUGGAUCAGCUGGGCACUCCGUUUUUUAGGAGAGGCUUUGUGGAAAUGGAACUGUUGGGGCAGCUAUACCAACCAACCAGGAACCCCCAUGGAGACUGGCUCCACCUACCCCCCCGACUGUAAACAACAUGGUGAUCAGCUCCAUCACUGAUGGGGCGGUCAGCAUGGACUUUGCACUUUUCGUACUUGUGAUUACUAUGGGUACAUGUUCAACACAAAACACCAAAACCUAAAUUGUAAGGAUUUUUUAACAGGAACUACCCCUCGAAUUUCAAAAUCCAGAGGUUUUCAAUUUUUAUUUGUUUUGUUUCCUGGGUGGGGAGGAAGUUGAGGUUAAGACUGUGCCUUUUGCAAUAUAAGCUCAAAGUAAAGAAACACCCAAUAAGAGCAUCUCUAUUUUCUAUUAAAAAACCCUUUUUGGACCACAGGGAAUCAGUUUUCUUUAUCUUGUAGCUGUUGGAGGAAAGGUUCAUGUCUUACGUCUCUUCCUCUCCUUCUUCCAUCAACAUCGAACUUGAGAAAACCAACAUCUCUAUCUGCUCUUGGCCUGUAUGUAAGUGCAAGUUGAAAUGUGUUGUGACACCUGUUACCUAUGGAUACCAGUGUGUCUCAUUGCACUGUCGCCCUCCCAUUACCCAUAUAUGUGUAGCUUUCAAAGGAAGGGUGGGAAUCCGUCUCCUUCCCCUCUUCCUGUAAUUAAUGAAUGUUGUUGAAAUUCACAAUCAAGUUCCUGUGUUGUUAAUUUGCCCCCUUUUCCCCCACACCACUUUGUCAUCUCCUGCAUCACCAAAAUUCAAAGUGUAGCAAAGGGGGGCCUGUUUCACCCAAAUUUUGGUCAUGUGGCCCUGUUAGAAUUGACAUUGAAUGCACUUUGACGUGAGAUUGUGUGGGAUGUGUAUUUUUUACAGAAAAUUGCCUGCAUUCCAUCCAUUCGAAUGUCAUCUUUUCACACCAUGUUUUUUUUUUUGCCCUCCCCAUUUUUAGCCGUUUGUUCAUACUGUAGCUCCCGUGUUGGGAUAGACUGAUGUCUAUUAAAGUGGGAGUGUGCAAGUCUGGUUUUCAAAAACAUUUUUUACACUGUAUUUGUGAACAUUUCAGAGCUCUUGAUUUUAGGUGGAGUGUAUUUUUGGUGGUAUGUUAGAAACAUUCUGUCAUCCGUUCAUAUAGCACUGUUCAUCAAUGCUCUGGCAGGAUGCAGAGCCAAGUCCCCUCUUCCCUUCAAACACACAGAUGGUGAUUUGUGUUGCUGAUAGAGACAAAGGUUAGUCUGAAAGGUCUGGACUAAGUGAUGACUGUGUGAGACUUUGGCCAAAGGGAGGUCUGGAGCACUGACUGUUCAGAGAUUAAUUUCAACUUGAAUCAAAAACAACACCAGGCCUUGUCAGCCUUCGAUGUUCAUUCACAUUUCCAAGGUUGUGUAAAAGGGAGAGUCUUACCUUUUUGUGCAUUGGAGGUGCAUUGCCUUAUGGAGACCUCAUUAUCAUGAAUUAUGAGCCAUUCGUGAUUUUAAACAAAUAUCAGGCUUAUGUGUGCCAGCCUGGUGCAAUGUGCUGUCCAGACCCUCACUGGAGGUGUCCGCUUUCCAGCCUGGCAGCUUCAAAUCCCCCCACCCCCUUAGGUGGGGGUUAGAGUGCCUCAAGUGCCACAUAUCACCCCUGAGCUCAGACCUCCUGAUCAGCCAAAAGCAAGCCAGCAUGCUGCUAGCUGACCCCCUGUGGAUGCAGGUAGACUUAAUGUGACACAUAUCAUCAUCCAUCACUGUGGGGAGCUGGGUAAGGAAGGCAGGGAAGGGGGACUAGUGUGAGAGAGGGGGCCAGGGCCGGACUCCUUUUGUCCAGGGCAGCUAAAAUCCCUCCAGCCCCCUCUCUGGACUUAUUCAACAUCCCCCUCCUUGACCAGAAGCCCUCAACCCUCCCUCAGCAGUGAUGGAUAAAAACCAGCACACACGCUUGACGUCCUCAAGCUGCACUUAGGGGGGGUGGUGGUGGUGGUGAGAAACUAGGAAACAUGGAACAAAGAUGAAAAAUCGAGGGUACUAGGAUAUUGUUUUCUAUUUUCAUCUCACUGGAUUGCGCUGCACUUAAUUACUGAGUUUGAGUAGCAACUUUGUUUACAUGCCUGUGAAAGGAUGUGAUGACGUACCCCAACUUCACUCCUGGUUUUGAGGCUGAGUGGUAACAGCGAGCUAAAACAGAUGCUGGGACAGCUACGGUUGUUGUUCGGACCUUAGCCUCUGGCCGAAUCUGUCACGGCAGGCUGGUUCACCAGUCAUCCCCAGACCUAUGGGUGUUUAAGCUCCCCUAAGCCUGAGAGGAUCAUGGGUAAUGGAGCUAUAGCCUUUGACGCACUGCAACCCCUCUCCCCCCUCUUCUGCUCUCUGCUGAUACUCCCUUCAGCAAUCUGUGAAAAGCAGUGAUUCCAUGUUGGCCAGAUGGAGAGGAGCUCACUGGGAUGGGAGCCCAGAGCUUUGGUUUCCAUGGUGGACACCAGUUUUAAAUCAGCGCUGCUCCAUUAUAGCUCUUUAUGUCAUGUGACAAAAUAGUUAAUGAGAUUGGUCUAUAUUUCGGACACGAGAUGAUCAUCUCGUCUCACUUUUCUUUAGAUGUAUUUUUUUGUCACACUGGUAGACUAUCUCAUCUUUCCACUCUGCCGUUGCCAUUUUCUACUGUUCAUCCUCUUAACAAGAGGAUUUUUAGUCUGGUGAUCUAACCCACUUUUAACAGACCUGUUUUUAAACCUGCAAAAUCCUUAAAAAAAAUUAACUGAAUUCCUCUUCAGCACCUCCUCAACUGUACUACCACCACCCAAAAUGGUUUAAAUCCUCAGUAAUAUUGAUCAUUUAAAUGGCAUCCAUUCAGCUUGUGCGCACAUAGGUUACAGAAUUGUCAUGAGAGUGCUUUGAGUAGUCAGAGGUAAAAUAGCACAUAAAAUGCACUAAAUAUGUCAAGUUGAAGUUGUGUGACAUUUUUUUGAGACGCGAGGAGUCUCUUCUGGAAUGUAUUGCCAAACUCAGGCCUCGGACAUUCAAUAAAUACCCUUAUGGAGAAGUUGUGCAUGUUAAGACAUGAAACAGGAAGGGAACAGCAGUUUUGAUGUUGUUGUUAUCGUCAAUAUUGUCAUCGAUUAGUUGAAUUAUUGCCACUUUCACAUUUGAGGUGUUUUACAUAUUGUAGAAUGUAUUGUAACUGUACAACAAAUGGUAGAGUACAUAACAUUACACAUGGGAAGUGCCAAUAAUUGCUAUCCUGAGGUGUUUUUAGAUGUAUUCCUUUUGUAUUUCAUCUUUUAACAUGGAUAACGCUUUUCGUAAGUGAAGCCAUUAGUGACGGGAGUGUUGGCAAGGACCAAAGUUGUUUUGGUAAAAAAUAUUAGUUUCCAUGAUCUGUAAGUGUAGACGUAUCCUUUGUUUUUUUUUUCUUUUUUUCUUUUCAGUUUUUUCCUUUUUUCUAUUUACGUACAAAACCAGAAAAUAGACAAAAAAAUCUGAGCUUACCCAAGAAGAAAAGCUGUCUAUCUUGUGAUCUCAUGUCAGUACAUCUUUAUUGUGUUCAGUCUCUUUUCCUUGGGUAUGUUGUGAUGAACUGCUGUAAAUUUGUACAGUUCAUGUAAAUUGAUUGUGCGGAAGUUGUACAGAUUUCUAUAUUUUGGAAGAAAAGUUUUUUUUUUUCUCUGUAAUAAAAAGAUUUCCUAUCUUGGCAUCAUA